CACUAUGCAUGAGUGUAAACCCUGUUUGUGUGAAUCAUGCGGGCUGAAUCACUUCAUCCAGUAAAACCAUCACAGCUGAACAGUUGAGUUCCAGCCGUUUGAGAGCAGCGUGGAAAUAAAGGGACAAAAUCACCCGAGAGGCUUUAGUGCCGGACAUUCCUGCCGGACAUUAAUGGAAUAGAGUUCCUUCCAUCUCCGCCAUGUCAGUUAAGUCAGACAGAGUUCAAAAGAAAUGGGCGGCCGUCAAGGGUCGACUGGGAUCAUCUCAGGACUCAGAUGGCCCUCAGGAGGCCAAUUUGGAGAACGCAGACCCGGAGCUGUGCAUCCGUCUGCUACAGGUGCCCACCGUGGUCAACUACUCUGGGCUGAAGAAGCGGCUGGAGGGCAGCGACCAGACAUGGAUGGUGCAGUUCCUGGAGCUGUCAGGGCUGGACCUCCUCCUGGAAGCCCUGGACAGGCUCUCUGGACGUGGGUGCUCACGGAUCGCGGAUGCCUUGCUGCAGCUGACCUGUGUGAACUGUGUGAAGGCGGUUAUGAACUCCUCUGCAGGGAUACACUUCAUUGUGGAAAAUGAGGGCUACGUGCGCAAGUUAUCACAAGCUUUGGAUACCUCAAACACUAUGGUGAAGAAGCAAGUGUUUGAGUUGCUGGCUGCCCUCAGCAUGUUCUCCGCCGAGGGAUACAGACUGGCCCUGGAUGCCCUGGACCAUUACAAGGCAGUUAAGACCCAGCAGUAUCGCUUCAGUGUGAUCAUGAAUGAGCUGGAAAGCACAGAUAACGUCCCUUAUAUGGUGACUCUGCUGAGUGUGAUCAACGCCCUCAUCUUUGGCACAGAUGACCUUCGACAAAGGGACAAAAUGCGCAAGGAGUUUAUUGGGUUACAGUUGCUUGACCUUCUGCCAAAGUUGAGGGAGCAAGAGGAUGAGGACUUAAUUAUCCAAUGUGAGGCGUUUGAGGAGGCCAUGGCGGAGGAUGAGGAGGAGCUGCUGAGGCUUUAUGGGGGCAUUGAUAUGAGCAAUCACCAAGAGGUCUUCUUCACGUUGUUUAACAAAGUGAGUAGCUCCCCUGCCUCGCUGCAGCUGUUGUCCAUCCUGCAGACUUUGUUGCUGUUGGGACCUGAGCGCGCUGAUAUUUGGCAGGCCCUGGAGGCUCUCACUAACCGUGCUGUCCUACUGGCCCAGAACUCUCAAAUGGACUCCUCUGAAAAGAUCACGCAACGGCUUGUCUCUUCCAAAGAGCAAGGCACUGGCUCUCAUCAUGUAAAUAGCUAUCCACACAAGGACAAAGCAGUUCAGACUGAGCUGAUUGACGAGAAAGAACGUUUAAACAAAUUACCCACGACUGACCAGGCAUCAGCCGUGAGCGCCACACAGAAGCCAUGCACAACUGCACCUCCUCCUCCUCCACCUCCCCCACCUCCACCUCCACUGCCUGGCAUGGCUGCUCCACUGCAUGCACCUCCGGCACCUCCUUUGCCUGGAAUGGGAGUCCCGCCCCCUCCACCACCGCUUCCUGGGAUGGGUCCUGGAGGACCUCUACCACCACCCCCGCCUCCUUUACCAGGUAUGGGUGUUCCUAUGCCUCCCCCACCACCACCUUUACCAGGAAUGGGUGUACCCCCACCACCUCCACCUUUACCAGGCAUGGGAGUACCUCCACCGCCUCCACCAUUACCUGGGAUGGGUCCUGGAGGACCUCCACCACCACCUCCCCUCCCUGGUAUGCCUGGCCCACCUCCCCCUCCUCCUUUGACAGGAAUGGGGGACAUAAUAGUAGCUCACAAUGUUCAGACUCUGGGGAGGGCUUACUCUGCACCGGUGAAGACUGGUCCUUAUCCCACGCUCAGGAUGAAGAAGCUCAACUGGCAGAAACUAAACUCCAGAGCAGUCACUGAUGGUUGCUGUAUUUGGGCCUCAGUGCAGGCUGACCACCCUCUGGAGCCCAAUUACACCAGCAUUGAGCAGCUCUUCAGUCUCCCAGUGGCUGAGCCCAAAGACAAAAGCCCAGUUGCUCCUGUCAAGAAGGAACCCAAAGAGAUUACCUUUAUUGAUCCCAAGAAGAAUUUGAAUCUGAAUAUAUAUCUCAAGCAGUUCAAAUGCUCUAAUGAGGAGUUUGUGGCCAUGAUUCAGAAAGGAGAUCGUUCCAAAUUUGAUGUUGAGGUGUUAAAGCAGCUUCUGAAGCUUCUUCCAGAGAAACAUGAGAUCGACAACUUGAACUCCUUCCAGGGAGAUCAUGAGAAACUUGCCAACGUCGAUCGAUUUUACCUCUCCCUCCUUGCUGUUCCCUGCUACCAGCUGAGGAUCGAGUGCAUGUUGCUGUGUGAAGAGACUGCUUCUGUGCUGGAGAUGCUGAAGCCUAAAGCGGAGCUGGUGGAGGCGGCAUGCGAGAGUCUCAGAGAGAGCACUCUACUGCCCAGCUUUUGCAAGCUCAUCCUUCAUGUUGGGAACUUCCUUAACUAUGGAAGUCAUACUGGAAAUGCUGAAGGAUUCAAGAUUAGCUCGCUCCUGAAGCUGACAGAGACCAAAUCCAACAAGGGUCGCAUCACGCUCUUGCAUCACAUUCUUGAGGAAGCGGAGCUUAACCACCCUGAGCUGCUGAAGCUGCCAGAUGACAUCGAGAGCUGUGAAAAAGCAGCAGGAAUAAACCUGGAAUCUGUUCAGUCUGAGGCAAGUGCACUGUCCAAGCGUUUAAGGGACACUGAGAAAAAAGUCUCCUCGUCAGUUCAAGACGUUAAAGAGCAGUUUUUGAGUGUUCUUGAGGAGAACCUUCAGGCAUGUAAAACUUUGGAGGAUCGCCUUGUUGAUAUAGAGAGUAAGAAGGUGAAACUGGCUGAGUAUCUGUGUGAAGAUACAGCCCAACUAUCAUUAGAAGAACUCUUUGGCACCAUUAAGACAUUCCGAGGGCUCUUCAUCAAAGCCUUGAAGGAGAACAAGAUCCGUAAAGAGCAGGCUGCCAAAGCGGAGAAGAGAAAGCAGCAGUUGGCAGAAGAGGAAUCCAAGAGACAGAAAGGAGAGAAUGGCAAGAUCAUCAGAAGAGGUGCUUUACCGCAGGAGGACGGCUGUAUUAUUGACCACCUGCUGGCGGACAUCAGAAAGGGCUUUCAUCUUAGAAAGACCCGGCCCAGGUGCGAAACGGAAAGUGCCCCCUCUAGUGAAAUACGUAAGGAUACCGGGCAGCCUGCAGCAAGUGUCAGGUCUGCAGAAGGAGUCAAGGUGUCUGUGGCCCAGGACCUUCCUCCUCCUCAGGUAAAGGAGAUGGGCGCAGAAGAUCCAGCCAGCGUUUCCUCCACCAGCCCCCCAGGAGAAGCAACUUUAGCCAGUGAAGCCCAGCUCCAGCCUCAGGGAGUGGAAGAGUCCCAGGCAGGCCUCUCCACUGAGAAAACCCUGCCAAACCAUACAUCACUAGAGGAGCAUCCAGCAGAGCUUCCUCCAGCUCAGGACCACUCAGAAGAUCACAUAAAACCACAGUCAGUCACCAUUGAAAGCAUUACUGAGGAAAACGCCUCUGCAGACGCUCCACAACAACAGAUUUCUCCAUCUUCUGUGGAUGUGCAGAAUUCUUCUGCACAAAACCCUGUGCCUCCCCUGAAGCCAUCUGCAGCAGAAGAUAAAGCUGUACCAGCACAUAAUCAUAAUGAUAACAAUAGCCAAUUUAAAGACACCAGUAAUUCUAUUGAUACAUCACUGAGGAAUGCAAAGAAUGUAGAUUCUGGCAUUUGUAUUGACUCAAAUGAAAAUGGAGAGGGUGCGGUUAUUUGUGAAAUGCCUCAGAAAAGCCAAGAUCAGGAUGAACGGAGACAUUCAAGCAGCGGCCAAGCAGGCACUAAUGGAAACAAAGCAUCUUCUGGCAGUAAUGUAAUUCAGCAGGGAUACGAUGUACCUGAUGGAGCACAAGCACAGGAUAACCCCUCCCCCCUCAGUCCUCCUAAAACUCAGCCUAAACAGCACAAACUUCUCCGCGGAAAAAAGAAAAGCAGUCAUGAAGCCUCUGAAGACCUUUGCCUGCUGACGUGAACUUCAGUUAUCUGGAGUCGCUGCAAGAGAUAACUCACGUUUCUGAGUAUUGCAUUGUUUGCAUCAUUAAAUCAGAUGUCUAGUCUACCGUAGUGUCUGCGUCACAAAUCAAUCUGGGUCGUGUGAUUGCUUAUAACUGUCUGUUUUGACUGUGGGGGAUUUAUUUUCCUGGGCUUUUAUUGAAUCAACAAUAACUUCUAUUGACGUCAUCAUUCUACAAUGCCUCUCCUAACAUCUUGUCAGGCUCUGCAAGGAAAGAUUGUACUGGCGGUUAAAAACAUCUGCUCACAUGCACGCAUGUCAUACUGUUUUUGAUAUGUCAUCCUGUCUGUUCACUUACAAAAGCCACAACAAAUGAAGGAUAUUCCAGCAAGACAAUGUAAGAUUCCACACAGCUCACUAAGUUAAAUUCAGGCACCAUUUAAGUCAUUGAGAUCUUGUGGGUCUAUGCUGGGAAAUGUGUGAAGAAAAAUAAUCCAGCCACUAUAGCUGGUCUUGGGGCAGCAGUGAAGAAUGUUUAAAUCAUUCAUGCCUUCAAGACUAGCGGUCUUACAAAUUGCUGACAAACACUAUAUAAACAUUGUCAUUUAGUUGCUCAAAGAUUGUUGUGUAAUAAUCACUGAUACCAAAAAAUGAAGGCAAAAUAGGAAAUGUAAGCUGUUGUGUGGUGUCUAUUUUUUUAUAUAUAUAUAUAUAUAUAUAUAUAUAUAUAUAUAAUCCUCUGACAACCUCACACUGCUUUGUCAUACUUUCCUAAGGAUCUGAAAAAUGGUUUCAAGGAACUGCUUUCCAUUCAUAAUGGUUAGAUUUUUAGCACCUAGCUAGUGGUAGUGUACAUUUACUUCCCACCCAGGGCUUAAAACUUAAUACUCAGGCAGUGCUACUUAUACGCAGACAUUGAAUGCAUUUGAAGCUUCUAACGGACAUUCAGUUGGCAUAUUCUUUGAUUUACAGUUGUUGCUGUUUUACAGUAAAGACUAAAUGCAUAUUAUUGGAGUAGUCUCUUGGCUGUCUGCUGAGCUGUCCACUUAAUUUAAAACAUUAAACAUUUACUUCAUAUACAUGAAAUUUGUUACCACAAACAUGGUUGUAUGCAAGUGUUUGUGCAUUCCUGGCCAAAAGAAAUGAACACAAGCUCUUCAGCAAACAGUUUAACAAUAUCUUUUUUCUGCAAAUUCAGAUGUAUUUUUACUUUGUAUUUGACAGUCUUGAAAAUAGAGAAAUUGUAAUUGUGGCAUGUGUGAAAGUUUGGAGACCCUACUAAGUCUUUGGUUAACACCCUCUUUCGUAGAUAUCUCAGCUUGUAAACGCUUUUUGUAGCCAGCGAGUCUUUCUGUUGUGGUUUUAAGAUGCUUCACUCUCUUGUAUGCAGAGUGCUUCCAGUUCUGUGAUAUUCCUGUGCUGUAUUGCAUGCACAGCAUGUUUUAAGAUCUACCUGUAGAUUUUCAAAUAUCAAAUCAGGGGACCAGUUUUCUUGGUUGUCCAUCUUUCCACAGCUCCCCUCUCCCCUUAAUUGCCAUUUCUUAGUGACAUUUUAGACAGUGGAAAAAACUUUGUGGGCAUCAAUAAGCUUUGUUUUCAGAUCCUCAGCCAGUUGCUUAGAAGAGCCCGUGGUUGAGGUCUAAAGAGUAAGUGAUUUGGUGAAGCUCUGGAAUUUUCAUCAGCUGACAAUUCUUGAACUGCCUGAACAGUCCAAACAUCUAAUGAGUUAAUUCAGUUCUGAGCCUUUACAACUGGGAGGGUGUCCAAACUUCUGCACAUGCCACAAGUAUUAAUUUUAUUUUUUUAAGAUAAUGAAAUAAAAUCACUGCAUGCUGACAUUUACAGAAUUGUUAAGAUUUGUUUUUUUUUCUCUUCAAAAUCAAUUGAAUGUGUAGUUUAGCCAGGGUUGACCAAACCUUUGCAUGAAACUGUAGGUGCACUUGUAAGAGCAAGUUUCCUCUCUUUCAGUGAUUCUCGCAGAAGCGAUUGCUGUGCUGAGUGCCCUCUAUUAAUGAAUGUUCAAAGUUAUUUAAAGAUUUUUUAUUUUUGUUUUAUUUUAUCGAGUAAUCAGUUUUAAUAGAGCUGUCAUGAUAGCCCUAACCAGGAUAAAUGCAUUAAAAACAUGAGUGACAUGCGUGGAUAUGAGCGAUUCUUUUUCCCUGCCAGUGAACCUUUCCGCAUGUUAUGUUGGGUAAUAGAUUUCAUCUGAGAAUAAUAAAUGAUCAGAAGUUCAUUCUUAAUGAAAUAACAAAAAUCUGAUAAAGUGGUGAUGGGUAUCUUAGAUAAUGUAAAUGAAAUUUACUCACUUCUGCCUCUGCUUGUGAAAUCGACUUUUACAUGCAAAAGCAUAUUCAAAUAUUUUGCCAAAUUUCAAUAAAAGCUUUUGCAUGUUCAGAUCAAUAAGCAAUAUUUAAUUCUCUUGAUAAACGUAGAUUUUAAUCAGCAGGCUGCAUUCAUUGCUUGAGUUUAUUUUUUGUAUUUAUUACCAUUGCAGGAAGAACAAGGAAAAGGAAAACAAGAGGGAAGAGAUGAAGCUUUGCUCCUGAGACUCGAUAAUCAAAUAGACUUUUUUGUGAUCAGCUUUUCUAGCACCCUUUAACUGUUCGCACACAGCACUCUGAACAAGGCUUGAGCUGAGUAACAGUAACCAAGAGCAGACUGAGCUUUUGCGAAGUUAAGACACUUUCAAGAAAUUUCUAUAAUGAGUUUGGAAUGGAAAAAGAUUAUUUUUGGAAAUGCUUACUUUUGCUCUUUAGAGUUGAGAUGACCAAAUAUUACUUUCAGUUAUCCAUUUGUACAUAUUAAUAUAAUGACUUACUAAAUGGUUGUUUACAUAUCUUAUAGGUAUAUUUCUAGAAGUUUAAUCAUGAAACAAAUGUAAAAAAAAAAAAAAAUUGUGGAUUGCAAUAAUGAGUUUAUCAGUGUCACUAACAUAUGGCUGAGACACACACACUCCAGACAUGAACUGGAAGUACAGUAUGUAAGACUUUAACAUCAUAAACUGUGUAUGUUGCUAUGAUUGAUUUCACUGUAUACAAUAAUGUAUAAAUAUUGAAUAAUGCAGUAUUUUGUGAAAAACCUGUUUCGAUAUAGUGUCAUAUUUCAAGUUAUACAGGCACAACAAGAAUUUGGAACAACUUUAUAGUAUUUACAGAAACAGGCUUUUCAGACAUUUAUUAUCGCCAUGUUACAAUCUGGAGCCCAGAAUCUCAUAAACUAAUCUUGCAUAGAAUGUCUUUACUUGGAUUGAAUUAAGCAGUCAUUGAGGCUGGACCACCUCAAAUGCCCUUUAGCUUUUGUGCUAAACGCCCUGGCAAAGUGGUGCCAUAACGUUUGUCUGUGUUGUCAGUGAUGUACAUGUACUAUUUAUGAUGGCAGUGUAUGUGACCUAAGAAACAUAUUUUAGUUUAGAGGAUCCAAAGUGCUUAUUGAAAUAAAGGCAGCAGUCGAUUGUCAUA